UUUAGCGUAGUGAAGCGACAACAAAUAUAAGUUUAUUUUUUUCGGAAUUUUAACCAAAAACCAAUGGAUUUUCCGGACAAAAUGGACUUGGAGAACGAGAGAGUGUUGAAGUUAAUAUUUCCGGACGGAGUGCCAGACAAUCUGCGUGGCAAUCCGGAGUUGGACAAUUAUCUGGCCAAAUUGGGCACUUGCAAGGUGGAACAGUUGAAAAAGGAGCAGACUCGAUUGGCAGACGAAACGCGCAGCAUCCUAGAGCAGACCCAGGACCUGGCCAUCUCCAAUUACAGAACCUUCAUCACGACGGCUGAAAACUCACGUUCGAUCUUCAGUGAGUUCCUCCGCUCGGAGCAGCAACUGGACACGCUGGUGGGCAAGCUUCCAGACCUCAGUGUUCAGUGCGAACGAUUCUUGCAGGACUCUGCCGAACUGAAUGAGCAAAGGCGUCUGAAUUCCAUCACUUUGCAAAAGAACGCUCAGUUACUGGAGGUGCUUGAACUGCCGCAACUCAUGGAACGCUGCAUCCGCGAAGGUCGCUACGAGGAGGCCCUAGAACUAGCCGCAUAUGCCACCCGCUUGGGUCAGCACCAGGGGCACAUUCCAGUCGUCACAAGCAUUGUCCGCUCGGUUGAAGCCCUCUGGCACACCAUGCUGGUGCAGUUGGUGGCACAGUUGCGAACGGAUCUUCAGCUGCCCAAGUGCUUGCAGAUUGUGGGCUAUCUGCGCCGGAUGCAGGCCUUCGGGGACAACGAGCUACGGCUGAAGUUUCUGCAGGCAAGGGACGCCUGGCUGACUUCAUGCCUGGAGGCCAUACCCACUGGAGAUGCCCAGCAACACCUAUCCAAAACUAUUGAAAUCACGCGUAUUAACCUGUUUAACAUCAUCACCCAGUACCGGGCUAUUUUUCCGGAAGAGGAGGGCUCCUUGAAAUCUCAAAGCUCUUUAAGGCCUUUGCAGGGGGUCAGCUGCAAUGGAGAUCGACUUUUCCAGGCGUGGCUGCACAAUAAGAUCGACGACUUCCUAAAGACUCUGGAGCGAGAUCUACAACUCGGAGUGGGCUCCGUGGAGACAGUUCUGGGUCAGUGCAUGUACUUUGGGCUAUCCUUCAGUCGUGUGGGUGCCGACUUUCGUGCCCUCAUGGCACCCAUUUUCGUGGGAGUAAUUCGACGACGCUUUGAGACCAGUGUAGAGCAAGUGAAUGAACAGUUCGAUCGGGAGCUUGAGAGAUUCACGCUGAUUAACAAGGUGGCGCUGCACUCGCACGCUCGUAAGCAGGUGGAUCCUGAGCAGGAGUCCUUUGCUCCGCCGGAAACUCUGUUGGAUUUCUAUCCCCUAGCCGCUUUGUGCAAUGGUUAUUUGAGUGCUUUAAACGAUCUACGAUUGUGUGCUCCCUUGGCUUUGGCCACGGAUGUGACUCGGUGCCUGCAGCACUCUCUGCAACUGGCCGCCCAACGAGUCCUUGCCUUCUAUCGGCAGGAACAGCAGGCUUUCGCCGGCAGUGAACGCGAGGCGUUUAUUCGGCUCUGCUCAUGCUUGGCCUAUGAUCUGGUUCCCUAUGUUCAGCGUUGCGUCCACGGCGUCUUCCCUCCGCAGUCGCUGACCGUUCACUUGGGGAUUAGCCUGCUUCAGCUGGAGCAGCAGCAGCUCACCUAUUUCGACCAGACACGGAUACUAGAACCCCUGAAGCACCUUCUACCAACUAAGGCGCUGGUGCAGCCGCAAGAGUCUGCCAAGGAAAAGAAGCCAAGUGUAGGAUUACCAAUUACUGCCGAGGGGUAAUACAAGCCAAAUCAAAAACUUCUUUGCAAAUAAUGUAAAAAUAUAUUAGUUGUAAUAUAUAUUCCAAUCUUUAUGCAACUUUA